AUGUCUCAAGGAUCCAAAAAAAACAUUUUUGCUGAUUUAGAGAAACGAUUAAUCAUUAAGAAUCUACCCGCCAAAGCGAAAGAGUUUAAACAAUGUCCACUCGAUCUCUACUGCCCUUCAAUGCAGGAAAAACGUAAGAAGUGCGUUUGCGAAAAAUGUGGUAGCUAUUGGCCCAGCGAAGCUGCGAAAAAUCGCCAUAAAAAGAGCCACUCGGUGAAGGAAAGUGCAGCCUGUCAGGCUAAAGAUAGCGAUACACUUGGCCAGGACGCCGUGGAAGAAGAUGUUAUGGAGAAAGAAGACAAUGGCCGCGUUUCUCAUGCAAUGGAAAAUGGUAGCAACGUUGAAAGCGAGUCGAACUGCAUCAUGCCAGUAAUUGAAAACCUCGCUGAAUUUCUGAACUCGCCAUUUGUGGACAAAUGA